AAAUUCAAAGGUUUUGUUCUUUCUUGGUUACAAUUAAGCAUUGAUCUUUAAGGUAUAGACAAAAUGGGUACAGGAAAGAAGGAAAAAACUCGUCGUGUUCGUGAAAACGAUACCAGAGAUGGUAAUCUUCGUGUUAAAGGUGAAAAUUUUUAUCGUGAUGCAAAAAAAGUUCAACAUUUAAACAUGUAUAAACAGGGUCGUGCAAUCCGUAAUAAGAAUGGUGAGCUUAUAAAAGCUGCUGCUUUACAAGACACUAAAAUUCCAUCUGCUAGAGUUGAUCCAAAUCGUCGUUGGUUUGGUAAUACAAGAGUUAUUUCUCAAGAUGCUUUAACCCACUUCAGAGAUGCUUUAGGUGAAAAGAAGGAAGAUUCUUAUCAAUUUUUAUUAAGAAGAAACAAAUUACCAAUGUCUUUAUUAGAUGAAAAAGAUACAACUGAUGCUCCAACAAAUAAAAUUUUAGAAACUGAAUCAUUUGAAAGUACAUUUGGCCCAAAAGCUCAACGUAAAAGACCAAGAGUUGCUGUUUCAUCAUUAGAAGAAUUGGCUGAUAGUACUGAUAAAGAUCAAAGUACUUUUGAUGAAAAGAAUGAAUUAGCUUCAACUUUAGGUUUGAUGGGUAAUGUUGAUACCGACGGUUGGACUGCUGAAGCUAAAGAAGCUAUUUUCCAUAAAGGUCAAUCGAAACGUAUUUGGAAUGAAUUGUACAAAGUUAUUGAUUCUUCAGAUGUCGUUAUUCAUGUUUUAGAUGCAAGAGAUCCAAUGGGUACAAGAUGUGCUUCAGUUGAACAAUAUAUGAAGAAAGACGCUGCUCAUAAACAUUUGAUUUUUGUGUUGAACAAGUGUGAUUUAGUUCCAACUUGGGUUGCAGCUGCUUGGGUCAAACAUUUAUCAAAAGAUCAUCCAACUUUAGCUUUCCAUGCUUCCAUCACCAAUUCAUUUGGUAAAGGUUCAUUGAUUCAAUUGUUGCGUCAAUUCUCAUCUUUACAUUCAGACCGUAAACAAAUUUCCGUUGGUUUUAUCGGUUAUCCAAACACUGGUAAAUCAAGUAUCAUCAACACUUUAAGAAGAAAGAAAGUUUGUACAGUUGCUCCUAUUCCAGGUGAAACUAAAGUUUGGCAAUAUAUUACAUUGAUGAAGAAAAUUUUCUUGAUUGAUUGUCCAGGUAUUGUUCCACCAUCAUUGAAAGAUACAGAAGAAGAUAUCUUGUUCAGAGGUGUUGUCAGAGUUGAACAUGUUACACAUGCUGAACAAUAUAUACCUGGUGUUUUGAAAAGAUGUAAGAGACAACAUUUGGAAAGAACAUAUGAGAUCUCUGGUUGGAAUAAUGCUACUGAAUUUAUUGAAUUACUUGCCAGAAAGCAUGGUAGAUUAUUGAAAGGUGGUGAACCAGAUGAACAAGGUAUUGCCAAAUUAGUUAUCAAUGAUUUCAACAGAGGUAAAAUUCCUUGGUUUGUUCCUCCACCUGAAGAUGAAGAAAGACCUUCAAAGAAGGCUCGUCGUGAUGAUGGCGCCGAAGAAGCUCAAGCAAUCUCUGAAGAAGUCGAAGGAGAUGAAGAAGUAGCAGAGGAUGAAGAGAGAAAAGAAGAGGAAGAAGAAAGCAAAAACGACAAGGCUGAAGAAGCUGGCGAAGAAAAAGAAUGGAAAGGGUUUUCUGACUAAGUUUUUGAUAGAUUUUCAUAAUUGGUUUCAUCACUAUUCAUGGUUUUUUAAUGGGUUAUUUAAUUUUUUUGGGUAUAAUGCAUUUUCUAGUAUUACGUUGUAUAUUAUAAAGGUUUAGUUUAUUUUUUUGAUAAUUGAUUUCAGCACUGCAAAUAGAAAGGAUGUUUUUCAUACAAACUUUCAGCAAAUUAUGGAGGUUUAAGUUAAAAAAAGGUGUAGCUUCGCGAAUUGAAUCUAUGAUUAUCCGUUUGAAGGGGGCAACAGUUUGUAAACAAACAUUUUUCGUGAAC